CCAUCAACAACCGCCUUAGCUUCAUGGCGAGCCUAGUUUCGACAUGUAGUUUAAGCAGCAACAGUAGGUCCAAGUUCUAUAUUUGACUCGAGAAAAUAAAUAUGGAAGACCAGGAUUUGAAAGGCUUGCAAUCCCUGGUGUGUCACAAACAACAGAAAACAUACACUCGUAUGGUUUCUCAGGAGUUCAGUUGCGCCGAGUCACACACACCUGUCCAGGGAGGAAGGAGACGUCGGAGGUCGAAGAAAUCCUCUACCUCUGUCGGUGCAGAAACUGUUGAGGAUACUUCAGGAGCCUCAUCAUCUGAUCAAGUCUUUGUCGACCCAUUGGCACAUGUCUUAGGAGAUGAACAAUACGAAUCUGAAGAAAGUGAAUAUUUUUCUGCCGAAGAAGAGCAUGAUGAGUGUUUUCUGGAUGAAACUUUUUCAACCAAUAGUUCCAAUGAUUCCGUUGAAGGAGACCAGAGUACAGAUGUUGACUCUGGAAAAAAUAAAAAGAUUGCCUGUACAUAUAAAUCUAUUUCUUAUACAGGUAAUGAACACUCGAAAGCUCCCAGUAAAAAGCAAAAAAAGAAAAGAAAAGAAUUAGCCAAGUUAAACGGUCCACUUUUUCCGUUCGGUAAUGCCGAUUUUAUAGACAUCGACUUCCCUGAUUUGAGAGAAGAGAUAAGUCUGACAGCAUCCAGGUCCGUGUUCACAGAAGUUCCUUCACUCGUAGAACUUUGUAUAUUAGCAUCAAGAAAGGUUCCAAGAGACAGCGUGACAUACACCAUUCCUGGCGGAAUCAAACAAAUCGUCAAGCUUUCCAACAACCGUUUAGGAUUACAGAAGAUUCAGUUGUCAUGGUUACUUAAGUUACUUCCCUUCGUCGAGCAGUGUGACACAAUCAAGCUAAAAAAAAACGAUGACCAAAAUAAAAUUCCAUUUGUGUAUCGGAACAUCUGGUGUUCGGACAUGUACUCCCAUGUUAUUUUAAUAGAUCAGUUACAUGAUUCUUAUGAUAUCACAUCAGCAACAUGUUACCUGCCCCACACGUUCAUUUGGAGCCUACAGAAUUAUUACGAAACAAAACACCAAACCAACACACUCCAGUUAUCAGUCUUGGCAAAUACCAUUGAUCUCAUGUUGCCUCCGACAAUCCCUCAUAAAUCAGUAAACAGGAAACGCCGUUCCAGUAGCCAGUCAGAAGAGGACAUGAUGUCAGCUGACACAGAUCGGAUGCUUUUACGAGUGAAGUCGGAGCUAGAGAAGAAGUUUCCUCUGACAAUAAAACGUUUCUACCCUCAUGUGCUACCAUAUGUGUUCUGGGCGCGGGGGCUCCUGCCGAAGGCUGCUCGCCUCUUUUCUGACCUAGCUGCCAACGAAGUGAAAUACAGAAAGAAGGCACGAUACUUGUAUGAGGUUGGGCGGAUGUAUUCCCACUUUGAUGAAGCUGAGACAGCCAUUGCUUUUUACAAAGGAGCAGAGGAUGCAGUUCUGUCAAAGCCAAAAAACAGAAAUGAAAAGAGGAGUCUGGAUGUGGAACAACAGACCAGAGCUCUGUGCGCUGAUGCCUGUGAUCAAGGGCCAAUGACUUGGCAAAAAGCCCAGCAGGCGGGUUCCUUGUGGGCUACUGCAGUCCAGCCACCUGAUGCGGGACGUUUGUCGUAUCCCCUUCCUGGAAUGUUUGCUGCAGAUUCUCUCUUGUGUUUCCACGCAGGGAUAGGAAGAGAUGAUGUAAAGUCAUGGCUGAGCUCCUGUGUGGAACGCCUGGAGAAGAUCUCGCAGUGUUGUCCGGAGGUCUAUUUCUACCUGUCCCAGAUAUACGCAUGGGCAGGGCUGGCAAAAGACUCGGCAACCGCCUACAGAACAUUCCUCUUAAAAGGAUGGAAGGAUGACUCUCUCUUUGCCCCCGGACAGCAGAAUGCCAAUGCCACAAGGCCCGAGAGGCAGCCCUGGAAGGUACUACUGCAGAUGGUCCAGAGCCCCACUACUUCUGGUACACCUAAACCCUUGUCUGUCCUCUGGAGGACUAGACUCGGCCCUCCCAGAUUAUACGAUGUCAAAGCAUCAAAGAGGAGUUGGGAAGCUGACAUAAAGAGUGUUGAUGUCAACCUUUCUUUGAGUAGAGAGGGUAAAAUCACAGGAGACCUACAGAUUGUUCUGCCCCCCAUAAGGGGGGUUCAGUUAGACCCACACACAGGAAUGCUGUGUUUCCCGUAUCUUCCCGGAGAAACUGUACCGUGGAAAUCCUUUUAUGAAUUCAACAUGGACAACAGUCCAGCGAAUGGGCCCACCUUGAUGCCCACCCCUGUGGAGCUGUACUGCGAUCACCGUGGAAACAAGGUGCACCUCUUGCGUUCCUCAGCUAUGGUUGUCACCAGUCCAUCUGAAUUAGAUAGCAACCUGCUUUUCUGGACUGGAGCAGAUGGGCGAAGGUCAAAGAUAAACCUUUGUAAAAAGGUCAAAGAUUCUGUGCAUGAGCGUGUGGAGAAAGAUAUAUACAGCAGGUAUAUCUCUGAUGAGGAAAAGUAUGAAAGAUGUAAGAAACUCCUGGAAAAGUGCUACAAAUCUAAUAAACUCAUGAAACCCAAUGACAUGGAUCGAUACAUUACUCGUGUGAUACAAUCCGAGAGGCGAAAAACGGACAAGGUGAACCUGAGAUACUUACCUGAUUCUUUCGUCUGCAGUGUGAAGACUCCGGCUCGAUUCUCCAGCACCCUAGUUAUCCCCAUGUCUUACCCUGAUGGCCAGAUUCCCACUCACAUGUGUCUCAUGUUUGUGGAUUGUUCAUCUAUGGAGACAUUCUCGGAACCUAGAAUAUGUCACCGGAACCACCAAAGGUUUUUUUCCGAGGAUUUAAGCUGGAAUGAUGAAAAUCAUGUACCCAGGACGUUGAUCUUGCCUCACGCAGACCUUGCACCUGUCUCCAUUUCAGCCAAUGAGGUGAUUUACUAUGACAAGUUUGCAGAAGAAUAUGAAAUAGUACAUCUCGAUGAAGUUGAUUUGGAGUGUGGCUUACCGCAAGUGUACAGAAACCAGGUGUACUACGUCAACAAAGACAGCAGGUUGACCACACAUUUGAAUGGGUUUGGGACGAUUGUGGAUCAUUUCCCCUUUGUAGACAAAAUGGUUGUCUGUCGAAACGUCACCAUCAUGACAACCACAGAAACACUCAUUUUCGCAGAUUCCAUCAGUUUUCUUCCCCUAGAAGUGCUGAUUAGCGACCAGAUCACACCGUCAAUACAAAAUGGAGUAGAUUGCAAAGACAGAGUGAAGUACUUAAAAGUGAUUGGAGAAAAGGAAAUUCUUAAGGACUCCGGGAUCAAGUGCAACCAGGUCGCCAUAGCGUUGGACACACAUUUGGUUGUCGUGGAAAUACCAUUGUGCCAGGAACCCGAGUUCAUCGAGAUGAUACUGUGUGUGGAAUUGCCUGGCCAUGCCAAGGAUAUCUGCUUCCUUAGCCCACUUGCGGGUGUUCUGGUAUCUGUUACCCAGCAUGUGACAUUGAACAACUUCCCUAGAGAGACGCUGUACCAGUUCGACUACCAUGGCCGAUUACGAGGGCUCCUACCUGGUCUUGGUGAAGGGCCGCGCUCAUUUCUCCCUCUCAUGCUACCCGUCAGUACUGAAGGGGCGGAGUCAGACAAAAAGGCGUGGCAUAUAUACAUGAGAGAUGGACAUGACGGAAUCUUGUGUAUCUGCCUAGACUGAGUGUACGAUACCGCCAAAAGAAGGCAUGUGAUAAACUUGACAAGUCUUGUGGCUUUUCAGCUUCUGUGGUGUCACUGAUGAAGAUUGUCCACUUUCUGUGGUAGAGAUUAUGCUGUUUCCAUGAUGUUGACAAUUAUCUGGUUUCUGUGGUAUGAUAUACAAUAUGGUUAUUAUUGUAUACUAUGUUCUACAAAAACGUGUUGACUGCAAUUAGAAUGUUUGGCCCUAUUCAUUCUUUGUAAUGAAGGAGAAUAUAUCAUAAAAAUGAAUUUUCCAACAGCCUGUUCCUUUAUAAAUUGGGAAAAUAUGGCAAUAUUUUUAUUGAAAUUAGGAAUAUAUUCCUAUAAAUUCCUCAGUUUUUGGUCGUUUAGGGAAAAUAGGACACUUUUUAGCUAGGGGAAACAGCCUGUAAAACCUCACUGAUAUUAGAACAAAACGUACCAUGUGCAGUGAUUAGAGGUGAAGGACUAAAUUAACACUGGAGUUUUCCAGUAUACAAUAUCUAGUUUCUGUGGUGUUACUGAGGACAGCUAUCUGGUUACCAUGGUGUUAGUGGUUGUGAUGAUCUGGUUUCUGUGGUGUUACUGAGGACAGCUAUCUGGUUACCAUGGUGUUAGUGGUUGUGAUGAUCUGGUUUCUGUGGUGUUACUGAGGACAGCUAUCUGGUUACCAUGGUGUUAGUGGUUGUGAUGAUCUGGUUUCUGUGGUGUUACUGAGGACAGCUAUCUGGUUACCAUGGUGUUAGUGGUUGUGAUGAUCUAGUUUCUGUGGUGUUACUGAGGACAGCUAUCUGGUUACCAUGGUGUUAGUGGUUGUGAUGAUCUAGUUUCUGUGGUGUUACUGAGGACAGCUAUCUGGUUACCAUGGUGUUAGUGGUUGUGAUGAUCUAGUUUCUGUGGUGUUACUGAGGACAGCUAUCUGGUUACCAUGGUGUUAGUGGUUGUGAUGAUCUAGUUUCUGUGGUGUUACUGAGGACAGCUAUCUGGUUACCAUGGUGUUAGUGGUUGUGAUGAUCUAGUUUCUGUGGUGUUACUGAGGACAGCUAUCUGGUUACCAUGGUGUUAGUGGUUGUGAUGAUCUAGUUUCUGUGGUGUUACUGAGGACAGCUAUCUGGUUACCAUGGUGUUAGUGGUUGUGAUGAUCUAGUUUCUGUGGUGUUACUGAGGACAGCUAUCUGGUUACCAUGGUGUUAGUGGUUGUGAUGAUCUAGUUUCUGUGGUGUUACUGAGGACAGCUAUCUGGUUACCAUGGUGUUAGUGGUUGUGAUGAUCUAGUUUCUGUGGUGUUACUGAGGACAGCUAUCUGGUUACCAUGGUGUUAGUGGUUGUGAUGAUCUAGUUUCUGUGGUGUUACUGAGGACAGCUAUCUGGUUACCAUGGUGUUAGUGGUUGUGAUGAUCUAGUUUCUGUGGUGUUACUGAGGACAGCUAUCUGGUUACCAUGGUGUUAGUGGUUGUGAUGAUCUAGUUUCUGUGGUGUUACUGAGGACAGCUAUCUGGUUACCAUGGUGUUAGUGGUUGUGAUGAUCUAGUUUCUGUGGUGUUACUGAGGACAGCUAUCUGGUUACCAUGGUGUUAGUGGUUGUGAUGAUCUAGUUUCUGUGGUGUUACUGAGGACAGCUAUCUGGUUACCAUGGUGUUAGUGGUUGUGAUGAUCUAGUUUCUGUGGUGUUACUGAGGACAGCUAUCUGGUUACCAUGGUGUUAGUGGUUGUGAUGAUCUAGUUUCUGUGGUGUUACUGAGGACAGCUAUCUGGUUACCAUGGUGUUAGUGGUUGUGAUGAUCUAGUUUCUGUGGUGUUACUGAGGACAGCUAUCUGGUUACCAUGGUGUUAGUGGUUGUGAUGAUCUAGUUUCUGUGGUGUUACUGAGGACAGCUAUCUGGUUACCAUGGUGUUAGUGGUUGUGAUGAUCUAGUUUCUGUGGUGUUACUGAGGACAGCUAUCUGGUUACCAUGGUGUUAGUGGUUGUGAUGAUCUAGUUUCUGUGGUGUUACUGAGGACAGCUAUCUGGUUACCAUGGUGUUAGUGGUUGUGAUGAUCUAGUUUCUGUGGUGUUACUGAGGACAGCUAUCUGGUUACCAUGGUGUUAGUGGUUGUGAUGAUCUAGUUUCUGUGGUGUUACUGAGGACAGCUAUCUGGUUACCAUGGUGUUAGUGGUUGUGAUGAUCUAGUUUCUGUGGUGUUACUGAGGACAGCUAUCUGGUUACCAUGGUGUUAGUGGUUGUGAUGAUCUAGUUUCUGUGGUGUUACUGAGGACAGCUAUCUGGUUACCAUGGUGUUAGUGGUUGUGAUGAUCUAGUUUCUGUGGUGUUACUGAGGACAGCUAUCUGGUUACCAUGGUGUUAGUGGUUGUGAUGAUCUAGUUUCUGUGGUGUUACUGAGGACAGCUAUCUGGUUACCAUGGUGUUAGUGGUUGUGAUGAUCUAGUUUCUGUGGUGUUACUGAGGACAGCUAUCUGGUUACCAUGGUGUUAGUGGUUGUGAUGAUCUAGUUUCUGUGGUGUUACUGAGGACAGCUAUCUGGUUACCAUGGUGUUAGUGGUUGUGAUGAUCUAGUUUCUGUGGUGUUACUGAGGACAGCUAUCUGGUUACCAUGGUGUUAGUGGUUGUGAUGAUCUGGUUUCUGUGGUGUUACUGAGGACAGCUAUCUGGUUACCAUGGUGUUAGUGGUUGUGAUGAUCUAGUUUCUAUGGUGUUACUGAGGACAGGUAUCUGGUUACCAUGGUGUUAGUGAUUAUGAUGAUCUGGUUUCUGGGGUGUUACUGAGGACAGCUAUCUGGUUACCAUGGUGUUUGAGAUUGUGAUGAUCUGGUUUCUGUGGUGUGACUGAGUACAGGUAUCUGGUUACCAUGGUGUUAGUGAUUAUGAAGAUCUAGUUUCUGUGGUGUUACUGAGGACAGCUAUCUGGUUACCAUGGUGUUUGUGAUUGUGAUGAUCUGGUUUCUGUGGUGUGACUGAGGACAGGUAUCUGGUUACCAUGGUGUUAGUGAUUAUGAUGAUCUAGUUUCUGUGGUGUUACUGAGGACAGCUAUCUGGUUACCAUAGUGUUAGUGGUUGUAAUGAUCUAUUUCUGUGGUGUUACUGAGGACAGCUAUCUGGUUACCAUGGUUUUAGUGGUUGUGAUGAUCUAGUUUCUGUGGUGUUACUGAGGACAGCUAUCUGGUUACCAUGGUGUUAGUGAUUAUGAUGAUCUGGUUUCUGUGAUGUAACUGAGGAAAGCUAUCUGGUUACCAUGGUGUUAGUGAUUAUGAUGAUCUAGUUUCUGUGGUGUUACUGAGGACAGCUAUCUGGUUACCAUGGUGUUAGUGGUUGUGAUGAUCUGGUUUCUGUGGUGUUACUGAAGACAGCUAUCUGGUUACCAUGGUGUUAGUGAUUAUGAUGGUCUAGUUUCUGUGGUGUUACUGAGGUCAGCUAUCUGGUUUCCAUGGUGUUAGUGGUUGUGAUGAUCUGGUUUCUGUGGUGUUACUGAGGACAGCUAUCUGGUUACCAUGGUGUUAGUGAUUAUGAUGGUCUAGUUUCUUUGGUGUUACUGAGAACAGCUAUCUGGUUACCAUGGUGUUAGUGGUUGUGAUGAUCUAGUUUCUCUGGUGUGACUGAGGACAGCUAUCUGGUUACCAUGGUGUUAGUGAUUAUGAUGAUCUAGUGUCUGUGGUGUUACUGGGGUCAGCUAUCUGGUUACC